GGACCGGCACGGUGGUUGACGAGAUUCGUCGACCGAUUCUCCGAAGCCUUUAAAUCUGAACGGAAGAAAUCAUUCAGAGCAGACCCACGGAUCAUAAAUUGGUUGGGCAGACGAGAAAGUGUGUGCGCAUUAUUUAGGGAUGUAAGUUAUGAGGAGAGGAGCUCACCGUGGUACUGAUUCAGUUCUAUUUAUUGACUACUUACUUCUCGCUCGAGGAGUCUGCAAAGGUGGAUACCUGCUUCAAUCAGAAAUUGAGCUGCUCGUCGAAUUCAUGGCUUUAGAUGACAGCCCUCACGGGCUCGAUUUGAGAUAAGGGGAAUUGAUUGAAUUCCACCAUAUUCAAGGAGACUUCCUCUUGAGUGCGCAUGACCUCAAACCUCGCGUGAUCCACUGCAGCGAGGUGAUGGACAUGCACGACUCUGGAAGAGCGAGUGGCAUGAAAUGCUACGAGCUCAUCAUAAACAGAGCUGUUCUCAGCCUUCUGCUGCUGUACUUCGGGUUUAUGUUUUCUCGGACUGGAGACUUGGACGAGAUGAUCCAACACUUCAGGAAGUACCUGAGCCCAGCUUCAGCUGAAGCAGAUGCACACCGCGUCAAAGAUGAUUACCCACUCAAAAACUUGGACUUGGCCUUGGAUCCCGAAGUGCACCAGCUUCUCGACAUGCUCAAAAAUGCCUCCAGAGAAGCUCCUCCAUCCAAGGGUUACACCCGUUUGGAUCGGGCAUUGUGGGAUUCAGAAAACAGCUGUAAAUCAAGAGUAGAACUGCCGGAGAGGUAUGAACGGAGGAAGCACGUCGAGAACAUAGAGGCGCCGAUGGGAUUCAAAAUUCUGAUGGAGCAGUACGAGAAGCUGCACAGGAACUGCAUCCGAGGAUCGGGCAACCUGACGAGUUUGUUCUUUCGACAUCAAUCUGGUGAUGAUGACGACGGCAAUGGCUGUAAGUUCCUCGUAGCAGAAGCCGGUAAUGGUCUGGGCAACAGGGUUCUAUGGAUGGUGUCCACUCUGCUGUACGCAGUGUUAGCUGGCAGAGUGAUCCUCAUUGAUCCUCGGUCUUUAAUUCCUUCACUCAUGUGCGAACCAUUCUCCGGUUCAUCAUGGGUAGCGCCAUCGGAAUUCCCUUUUGCCGAUUUGAGGCCUGAUCUUUGGGUUUCCCCAGAUGAAUUCGUGGCUGGUAUCGAUGCUGCCGCUGCGAAGAAUGGGAGCAACAUCACACUUCCUUCGUUCAAAGCUGUACGUGGAGAUGAUUCCUGGGGACCCACGAGCAGGUUCUACUGCCCCAUGGAACAGCACCUGUACUCUCGAGUCAAGUGGGUCACUCUUGGGGGAUGUCUGUAUUUUCUCCCCGAGCUUUUUGCCAUUCCGACCUUCAAACUUGCACUGGAGGCCACUUUCAAGAACAGAGUUCCUCUCACACAUCUCCUGAGAUCAGCCAUGCUUCCUAGAGAUUCGGUGUGGAACAAAGUCAAAGACGUCCUAGAUGGUCCCUUCACACAAGCCGAUGAGCUGAUCGGAGUGCAUGUUCGUUACCGAGGUGGAUACGUACAGUACCAGAAUCUUAACGCUCAUGUCAAUCACAAAGUUCACCAAUGCUUGUUGGCGGGCGGUCUACUUCGUCCGGGUCAUCAUCCUCUCACAUUCACUAACUCCAGCACAUUAAUCUUCAUUUCCUCGCUUUACCCUGGUUUACAUGACGAACUAGUCAAGCUUUAUCCACGAGGAAACGAAGACCGAGUGAAUAUACUGCAACUGAGCAGUGAAGGUGAACAAUAUUCAGGGCUACAGAUAGAUGAAGGUGCCCUGGUGGAGAUACUUAGCCUGAGUUUGUGCGACGCAGUUUUGAUUAGUCCCAUGUCCACAUACAGUACGCUGGCUCAUGCAUACGGAGGUAUGACUCCGUGGAUCAUAAACUUUCAAGACGAUCAGGGACCAUGCACUCGGGCGCAGGCUUUGGAUGGAUGUUAUCAAGGAGCCGGUGUAUUUUACGUAUGUCCGCUAGAUCCUGCGGUCGAUAAGCAGCCUAUCAUGAAGUUGGUUCCUUCUCUAAAACCAUGCCAAGACUCCUCCGGAGUGCAGCUAGUACAUUGAUUCUUCUUAUUACAUGGGACUCUAGGUGAAAAGACUCUAAGUUGCGCACGAUCUCUUCAUAUAAACUUCGAGGGAGAGUAGUAAAAACCUGCCAUUCAUCUCAACACCAAAAAUAAUGACAUCCAUUCAGCGUCCAAAGCAACACAUUCAAAUGAAACGUAGGACAGUCCAAUAGAAUAUAACUGAGCACUUACAAAGGCGUAAAACUUGCCAUGAGUUUUCACUUUGGCUGUAGACUAGGUCACCGAAUUCACCAUCAACGUGGUUAUACUACUGUACCUACACCGACCUUCCUACAGUCAAGCUAAUCUGUGGGCUACACCCUCCGCUGGUUUUACUACUCCUGGAAACCUUGGAUGGAGUCCGUGUCUGACUGUCAGCCUAACGUGGAACAGUACAGAAGAUUGCCUGCGACAAAAGGACCUGCACGGUGGAAUAUGAAUGGCAUACACUGCCCAGCUGUCCUGAUGCUCUGACUGCUGAGACUAAUUCACUAUCUAGCAAAAAAAAAGACUAGCUUUUGCAUCACAGGUCAUCAGCAAGCUUGCUCUGGACAGAGCGACAGGCAAGGGAAUCCAUGUAGUUACUGGUCAGUUGGCUGUUGGCUUCAAUGUUUGAACGUUUAUAAGAAGUGCACAACAGCAAACAAAUGCCCAGAUCUGAUAUAAUCAGGAAAGGUCACAAGGGUUGCCGCCUUGCAAGCUCAAGUUCGCUCAGAGUUAGAUCAAAACAUCACCUACACCAUCAUUGCAACAAGAG